AUGAACCGCCUCUUCGGCUCCAAGCCCUCGGGCCCCAAACCAACCCUCACCGGCGCAAUCACCAACAUCGACACCCGCAUCGCCUCCAUCGACACCAAGCUCAAGGCCCUCAACGGCGAGCUCUCCGCCUACCAGGAGAAGCUCUCCAAGAUGCGCGACGGCCCCGGCAAGCAGGCCAUCAAGCAAAAGGCCCUCAAGGUCCUCCAGCGCCGCAAGGCCUACGAGGCCGAAAAGGACAAGCUCGAGGCCCAGGUCUGGAACAUGGAGCAGGCCCAGACCAUGCAGGACAACCUCAAGAACGUCAUGACCCAGGUCGACGCCAUGAAGACCACCAACAAGGAGCUGCGCAAGCAGUACGGCAAGAUCGACAUUGACAAGAUUGAGCGCCUGCAGGACGACAUGGCCGACCUGCUCGACGUCGGCAACGAGAUCCAGGAGAGCCUGGCGCGCGGCUACGACAUUCCGGAUGAGGUCGACGAGGCCGAGCUGGAUGCCGAGCUUGAGGCGUUGGGCAUGGAGGCCGAGCUGGAGCAGGAGUACGGGAGCGGUGCUGUGCCGGGGUUCCUGCAGGACGAGGUCGUGCCCGAGUUUGUUGACGAGCCGCCGCAGACGGAAGAGAAGGUCAAGCAGGCUGCGGGUUAG